AUGAAGCCAGAAGAAUUGGCCAAGGGGAAUUGUACUGCUGUGACUGAGUUCGUUCUCUUUGGUUUCACAGAUCAUCGAGAGAUACAGGUAGUCCUCUUUGUUCUCUUCCUAGCCAUCUAUGUGGCCACUCUGGUGGGCAACAUCGGCAUCAUCGUGUUAAUCUGGAUCAGUCCUUGUCUUCACACUCCAAUGUACUUUUUUCUCAACAACCUGGCCUUCCUUGACCUCAGUUAUUCCUCCGCCAUUACUCCUAAGAUGUUGGUCAAUUUCUUAACAGAGAGGAAGACUAUUUCCUUUGCAGGCUGCAUUGCGCAAAUGUAUCUGUUUGCUUCCUUUGCAGAUGUGGAGUGCCUGCUGCUAGCUGCCAUGGCCUACGACCGCUACACAGCCAUUUGUAACCCACUGCUCUAUCCUGUUCUCAUGUCCCACAAGGCUUGUGUCUGGCUGGUAGCUGGCUCUUACCUCACAGGCUGCAUGAGCUCACUAAUGCACACUUAUUUUACAUUCCGUCUUUCUUUCUGUGGUUCCCGGAUCAUCAAUCAUUUCUUCUGUGACAUCCCUCCAUUGCUGGCCCUCUCCUGCUCCAACACCCAGUUUAAUGAAAUGCUCCUCUUUGCUUUGUGUGGUUUCAUCCAGACAAGCACUUUCUUGGUCAUCCUUAUUUCUUAUGCCUGUAUUCUUUGCACCAUCCUAAGGAUGCCAUCUAUAGAAGGUCGCUACAAAGCCUUUUCGACUUGCUCCUCCCACCUGACGGCUGUAGCUUUGUACUAUAGCACUCUUCUCUUCACCUAUUUGCGGCCUAGCUCCAGUUACAUUCUGGACACGGACAAAAUCAUUUCGGUGUUUUAUACAGUGGUGUUUCCCAUGUUGAACCCUUUGAUCUACAGCUUGAGAAAUGGAGAAGUAAAAGAGAUCAUCAGCAGAAUAUUGCAAAGAAUAGGGCACAGUAAUGGUUCUGUGAAAGGUUAA